GAACUCUAUGUUUCUGCUGCUGCUGCUGCUGCUCAGAGGGACUUUCAAACUCACAACCUGGCAACCCAGAGCUCCAGUGACCACAAAAUACACCACAGAGGAAGAGCUGGACUUCAGGUGUGCAACAGGACCUGGUGUCGUCAGAGCUGCCAUAACACCGACUUCAGGGGGAACAGAUCAGGUCUUAUGGGCCCCAGAGUCUCUGUGGGAGUGGACCUCACCGCAGCGGCUGAAAGAACAGUGUGUGGAGUAGGCCAACAGCACGGCUAACACACAAGUGUUCAGAAAGUUCUCUUCUUGUUUCACUCAUUUCAUCCAGGUAAAAUAUGAUACGGUGGACUGUACUGCUGUCUAUGUAUCUGAGUGUCAUCUCAGCAACCUUUGACUAUGUUCAUGAGGAGCAAUCCGAUAUGGACCCAGAGGAUGUGCUUGCUGUGAGUAUUCCUCUGGAGGGCCAACAGCGUCCUUUACUGGGAGGAACAUUAGUACUACCAUGUCACUUUGAGGACCUCACUCUCCUAGACCCAGGAGCUCCAACCAUUGCCCCCUUGUCUCAUCGCAUCAAGUGGAGUCUUGUCACCAAAGAAAAAGUCACAACUGUACUUGUAGCCUUGGAGGGAAAAGUACGUAUCACAGAGAGCUAUCUGGACAGAGUUCAGCUGCUGGGCUAUCCUAAAACCCCAACAAAUGCCAGUAUACAGAUAUCUGAGCUACGAUCCAGUGAUACGGGAGUGUAUCGCUGUGAGGUUCAGCAUGGCAUAGAGGACAACCAUGACAUCGUCCAUGUGCAGGUUCAAGGUAUUGUGUUCCACUACCGGGCUAUCAUCGGUCGUUACACCUUGACUUUUGAAAAAGCAAAGGCAGUGUGCAACCAGAACAGUGCAGUCAUGGCUUCACCUGAACAGCUCCAAGCAGCAUAUGAUGAUGGUUUCCAUCAGUGUGAUGCUGGCUGGCUCUCUGAUCAGACAGUCAGAUACCCAAUCCAUGAUCCUCGUGUGAACUGCUAUGGUGACAAAGAGGAAUUGCCUGGAGUCAGGACAUAUGGAGUGAGAGGUCUGAAUGAGACUUAUGAUGUCUACUGCUUCGCAGAGAAGAUGACAGGCAGAGUUUUCUACACUGCCUCUGCAGAAAAGUUCAGCUUCUCUGAAGCAGAGGCAGCAUGCUCUAAUAAGGGAGCUCGGCUGGCCACCACAGGUCAGCUGUACAUUGCCUGGCAGGGUGGGAUGGAUGUUUGUAAUGCUGGCUGGCUGCAGGACAGGAGUGUCCGCUAUCCCAUCAACAUUCGACGGCCACAGUGUGGAGGGGGUCUCCUGGGGGUGCGAACUGUUUACCUCCAUACUAAUCAGACUGGAUAUCCAUUGCCUGAAUCCCGCUAUGAUUGUUUUUGCUACACAGAGUCUCCAGAUGAUGAAGCUUCAGGUGACAUAGAGGAGGGAAGUGGUGUACUGAGUGUUACAUCGGUGACAGAGACCCCAGAGAUAUUCCUCAGGAGGACAACAACAGAAAGUGAGGCAGUCGGAGAGGUGGAGAUUCAGCGACCCACCGUUGUGGACUUCACGGUCAGCCCCACUGAGCUGCCGCUGCCACAGCCGCCCACUGUCACUGACCUUAUCACUGACCUGAUAAAAUCAGUCACCGCCAGGCCUGAUGUAGGGAGGGAUCCCAGCAAAGGCUAUGUGAUGCCUCCAAAUGGUGUGGUCUUCCAUUACCGCUCAAGCUCUGGUCGGUAUGCAUUCACCUUUGUUGAGGCUCAGCUGGCCUGUCAGAGCACUGGAGCCUCAAUUGCCACACUAGCGCAACUCAAUGCAGUUUAUGAGGCUGGAUAUCACCAGUGUGAUGCAGGAUGGUUGCUGGACCAGACCGUAAGAUAUCCUAUUGUUUUCCCCGAAGAUAAAUGCGCUGGUGAUCUGGGAGACAAACCCGGAGUUCGGUCUUAUGGUUUAAGGCCAGCAAAUGAGAGAUAUGAUGUGUACUGCUACAUUGAUGGGCUCAAAGGUGAGGUUUUCCAUGUGGGAGCCGCUGAGGGUUUCACAUAUGAUGAGGCAUCUUCCAGCUGUCGAGAGCAACACGCAGUAUUGGCCUCCACUGGACAGCUAUACGCAGCAUGGAGGAUGGGUUUUGACAAGUGCCGUGCUGGAUGGCUAGUGGACGGAAGUGUCCGUUAUCCCAUCAAUAACCCCCGUGCUGAAUGUGGAGCAGGGACAUCAAAAGUGCACACUGUGUACAUCAACCCUAACCAGACACAUUUUCCUGAUCAUAGUGCCAGGUUUGAUGCAUACUGUUUCAGAGCUGACAUUUUCCUGAUUGCAAAUGAAACUGGACUGAACAUCACAGAUAUCCAGGAGGCCCUCUUAAACCUAACAUCCAUUACUGAUUUGUUGAUGCCUGUUGAACACUCUAUCGCCCUUCCUAUCCCUGUGGAAAUGUCUGGCUCUGGUUCAGGCUCAGCAGACCUAGGUCCUGGGUCUGCUGUCGACGCUGCCUCUUCGGGUCAUGUUGGUUCUGGAGAGCAGGCUACCUCCGGAGACCUCUCGGGCUCUGGAGAGCAGGCUACCUCUGGAGACCUCUCGAGCUCUGGAGACCAGGUUACCUCCGGAGAGCUGUCUGGAUCUGGAGACCAUGUUAUAUCUGGAGAUAUGUCUGGCUCUGGAAACCACUUUACCUCUGGAGAUAUGUCUGGCUCUGGAAACCACUUUACCUCUGGGGAUUUGUCUGGAUCUGGAGAUCAGGUUACUUCAGUAGACCUCUCUGGCUCUGGAGACAUGGCUUUCUCUGGAGAUCUGUCUGGAUCUGGAGACCAGGUUAUAUCUGGAUAUAUGUCUGCCUCUGGAGAUCUGUCUGGUUCUGGAAACCACUUUGCCUCUGGGGAUUUGUCUGGAUCUGGAGACAAGGUUAUUUCUGUAGACCUCUCUGGCUCUGGAUACCAGGCUUUCUCAGGAGAUCUGCCUGGAUCUGGAGACCAGGUUAUAUCUGGAGAUAUGUCUGCCUCUGGAGAUCUGUCUGGCUCUGGAAACCACUUUGCCUCUGGGGAUUUGUCUGGAUCUGGAGAAAAGGUUAUUUCUGUAAACAUCUCUGGCUCUGGAGACCAGGUUUCCUCUGGAGAACCUGCUGGUAGUGCACGUGCUGAACUGUCCAGUGGAGAAUCUGGUCUUGGUAGUGUAGAUGCUUCUGGAUCCGGUCUUAGUGGAGAAGAAUCUGGCAUUGCUGUUAUCUUUUCAGGCAUUGACAGCACUGACCCUGGAGAAGGCUCAUUUUCAGGAGGACCCCAAGAAGCUGGAGAGGGGAGUGCAGGAAUUCUUAUUGUUCCUUCACUUGAAGCAGGGUUUGGAGUGAUUAGUGGUAGUGGGGACUUAUCUGGAUCAGGGUUCAGCUCUACAGAGAGUGGUUCUGCCACUGAAAGCUCUGGAGAAAGUGGGCAACACUCUGGCAUUCCUUCUGGUUUCAUUACCAGUGAGGACUUUUCUGGGUUCAGUGGUUUCCCAUCAGGAUUAUUCUCUGGAAGUGCUAGUGGAUACUCAGGAGAGCUUUCAGGAAAUGAAAAUGCUCAAAUCUUUUUCAUAGAUGAUGAAAUUAUUGAUGCAUCCACUCCAAGUACCCACAAGGAGUAUGAGCUUGGUGAGGACCAACUGCUGUUCAGUGGCUCAGGAGACAUCUCAGGAUCUGGGAUUCUCAGUGGGGAUUACAGUGGCUCAGCCUCUGGAAGUGACUCAGGGUUCUUCUCAGGCAUGACUUUUGUGGGAUCUGGUUUCACAGAACUUAUUGUGUCAUCCUCUGGAGAGCAGGAGGCCUCUGGGUUUUUACUUUACAGUUCUGGACAAGGGAGUGGUGAACAUUUGUCUGGAUUUGGAAGUGCAAGUUUCAUCUCUGGGUCCGGAUCAGGAAUGUCUGGAUCAGAGUCUUCUACAAGUGGAGAAGAAGGCAGUUUAUCAUUUUUGAGUGGGGAUUUCAUGAAAGAGGUAUCCAGAGAUACUAUAUUGUCUAUGGAGCAUGGAAAGGGCUCAGUGGAGUACAGUGGAGAAGGUAGCAGUAGCAGCAGUGGCCUCUUUUCUGGCAGUGGAGACUACAACAUGUCCACAGCCAGUGGCAUUUCCUCAGGUGUUUCCUCUAGAGAUCUACCACAGGUGGUGUUGCCUUCACCAUCCAGCCAAUGGACAGUCACAGAGGCCAGUAAAGGAUCAGAGAAAGUCCUUACUGAGGUUGACAUAUCAACGACCAUUGAUAAUGUCUAUGGGACCCAUGGGCAUGCACUUGCCCCUGCAGGAUUGGCUGCUCCUCCCACCACAGAUACACCAGCCUCUGUGCAGACACCAGGCAUCGUUGGAAAAACAGAGACAGUAGAAGGUGGAUUCAACCCAUGCAAUCCCAAUCCAUGUGGUGCUGCUCUAUGCACAGAAGAGGAUGGGGUUGCUCUCUGCCAUGAGAUAGAUGUGUGCCACUCCAACCCUUGUGCCAAUGGAGCAACCUGUGUGGAGAGUGCAGACUCUUACAAAUGCUUAUGCCUGCCAAGUUACGGAGGGGAACGUUGUGAGAUCGAUGAACAGCAGUGUGAAGAUGGUUGGAUUAAGUUUCAGGGGAACUGCUACCUACACUUCUCUGAUAGAGAGAUGUGGCUGGAUGCGGAGAAUCGCUGCCGGGACCUGAACGCCCACCUGGUCAGCAUUGUCACCCCGGAGGAGCAAGAUUUUGUGAAUUCAAAUGCUCAGGACUAUCAGUGGAUUGGACUGAACGAUAAGACAAUAGAAAAGGACUUCCGCUGGACAGAUGGCACGGCACUGCAAUUCGAGAACUGGAGACCAAACCAGCCAGAUAAUUACGUCAACUUAGGAGAAGACUGUGUAGUGAUGAUCUGGCAUGAGAACGGCCAGUGGAAUGAUGUGCCCUGCAGCUACCACCUGCCGUUCACCUGCAAGAAAGGCCCAGUGUUUUGUGGUGCCCCACCAGAGGUGGAGAAUGCCCGCAUGUUUGGUAACAGGAGGGAGCAGUAUCCUGUCAACUCUAUCAUCCGGUAUCAGUGUAACGCAGGAUUUAAACAGCGCCACCCACCAGUGGUUCACUGUAAAACAGACGGACGGUGGGAGAAGCCCCAGGUGGAAUGUACUGAUGUGAAAACCAGAAAAAGAAUACAGCGGAGGGGCAGCAAGAGUCUGGCAGCCAAGCUUCACUCAGAAGGAAAAUAAAAAAUAAUAUAUUGUUAUAAAAGGACAUUUACAGUACACGAAAAUCCAUUUUCCAUUUUAGUGGAGAUUAUUGAGAGGGUUACAUUGUUGGAAAGCCCAGACAAAGUGUGCUACAUCAUGGUAAAGUGUUUUGUUUGGCUGCUCUAUGCCCUGUCCUCUGCCCCUUAAUAUAUUUGAAUUAAAUUAACUAAUUUUAUUGUUUUUGAGUUUAUUUUAUAUUGAAUAUAUUGUAAAAUAAUCUUAUUUGGUGAAAUCAUUCCUGGUAUACAGCUGUAGUCUGCUGUAGAUUUGUAUCACAGCCACAUAAAUGGUUGUUUGUGUAUGUUGAUGUUUAACUUUUGGAGAGAUGGAGAGACACAAUAGUGUUUAAAAAGGGAUAAUGGCACAUAUUUUGACAAUGACUCCUCACUCAGUGGGAUUUCUGCUCAUCAUUUUUGCUCAAACAUUGAAAGUAGUCAAACACAAACCUUUCUUCUUUGAGGUCACAACAGGGAGUGAAUGGUGGGGGUUGAGAAGUCUCAAAUCAUCAAAGCCGAAAUUAGGGCCUAAUUCUUUUUGGGGAUAUAACAUCUGAAACAGGCCUUCUUAUUACUAGGAAGAAAUAAAUCAGCUACAACUAAAGUAGUAUGGCUCUGUGGAAAAGGCCAGCCAUUUUUCUUGGCAGCUUUGUUUUGCACCAGUCAGCUAAUUUACCUGCUGCAUGUUGUUUGUACAAGUCCCCAGGAAAAUAUUGUGCAGGCAGGAACUUUUUCCAACCCACAUUUAAAUCAGGCUUUUAUUUAAAUGAAAUGACUACACAUACUGUGCUAAGUGGUGAGUAUUAUAGGUGAUGGCAGUAUUUAACAUUAGUAAAUUGUUUGCACAACAAUAAAACUUAUUUAUAUAGCAUUAUUUAUUACAAAAAAGCAGCUCAAACUGCUUUUCAAGGAGAUGUAAAGGAAUAGAUACAGGACAUAUGAUAGGAGCAAUACGACAAUGAAAUGUUGAGAAGUAAAGAUUUAUGCUAGCUAAUAUAGCUAGAUUUUGCUUCAUAUUUCAUAGAAAAACUGUUUUUUCUCAUGUAGUAAAUUAGCAUGUCAAACUAUUCAUUAUACUAUUCAUUAAAUGUGUUAUUUCACACUCUACAUGUUGUAUUACCUUUCCUAACUUCAACUAAUUCAAUUGUGUAUUUUGACAUUUUAGGCAUUAUUGAAUGUGAUUUUAUUUCAAAUAAAAUCCCCUCCCACAGUGGUGGCAAAAAAACACACAACUGUCUGAUAAUAAUAAUAAUUAACCAACCAGUUAUAAAUCUUUAAUUUACUGAUUCCACACAGUGAUUUCUUUCUGCAGGACUGAGCCUGUAAUUGUUACACAAAAGAUUCAGGGCUGCUGAAUGAGAGGUUGUGAGCAGUAAGUUCUUCUAGAUCCUUACGACACCAUAAAUCAUAUUUCAUCUGCAGAACAAUUGGUUUGUCGGUUUGCCAUGUGGCUGUUUUUUUCAUCUUUUAUUUUCUGUGUUUUUCCAAAUCACCAUCAUGUUCCACAAGGCUGUGCAGUGCAUAGUGUUUGUGUGGAGCAAUGAAUCUAAUGAACCUGGUAUUUAUCUGUUUUAUUUUUGCAACCUCAGUGGAAAAAACACCACUGUAAACAUUGCCUU